AUGCCCCACCCCAUCCCCAUCAUCAUUGGCACAACCAUAGCCGUCGCCGCCACUGGCUAUGCCCUCAAGAAGUUUGUAUAUGACCCCCACCUCGCCCCCGUGAUUGAGGCCUUCAUCGAGCAGCAGCGCGAGGUACGCCGCCGUCGUCGUCUCGUUCCUGUUUCCGUCGACCAAGGCCGUAACGAGGGCAGAGUGGAGGGUCGCACAACUGCCGUAGCACGUGUCCGGCAGCGUGCGGGCGAUCAGUACGAGCUCGACGAGAGCAUGGCGCAUGUCGGCGCGCCAGCGUCAUACAAUCCGCGCCGACGUAAGCCUGUUCCACAGCUAGAGUCACCCAGGGUUGGUCCGGUUGGUCCCGCAGACGAGGCGGUGUCACUCAUCGCGAUCGAUAACCAUAUCGAAAAGGACCUGCCCCCUCUGCCCCAGCCCCUCCCCGUUCCGCACAUGGAGAAUCCGUUCGCAGACUCUGCGUCCCCAGCCCGCUCGCUCUCGCCCACCGUCUCGCCCAUGCCGAGCUCGGCGACAUCCGCUGCCUCGACGACGCUGAGCCGAACGACCCUCAUCGAGGCGCCGUCCAGCCCCAGCAUGUCUGGACUGGAAGACAUCGACGUCGUCAGCGUCUCGGGCGCCAGCUACAUCGACGCAGAGGAGAGCUACACGCCCCGCUCUCUCUCGCCGUACCCAAGCUCACGCGCGUCCCCAGCUCCAGAGAGUGUACUCACCUUCCCCUCUCCUUCGCCGGUUACGUCGAUGCUUGGCUCCAACCUCACGUUCCCCGCGCCUGACACAACCACGUCCGCCCCGUUAUCCAGCCACACGUCGCCCCGCGCCUCCACUCCCACAUCCGGCCGCGUAUCGCCCCGCGACGACGUCCUCUCCGUCUCCUCCUGGACCGAGGACGAGUGGCGCUCCGAGACCGAGGCAGAGUCGGAGUGGGACGCCGUAUCCGACGCACCUAGCCGCUAG